CGCAGAUCGUUAUUCGUCGGAUUGCGCGUGCUACAGAAAUGUCCUGUGUGUUUGACGUCACUGAUCAGCUGGAGACGGGGGGCGGGGAAACAACAUGGCGGCGGAGAGCGAUGUCCUGUGUGAGAUCGAGGUUCUGCAGUCGAUCUAUCUGGAUGAUCUGGUGGUCACGCAGAACCAGGCGGGAGGAUGGAGAGUCAGUGUGAUCCUUCAUCCUUCCACUGGAGAAGACUGUCUGGCCCAGUUUGUUCGGCUCAAGCUCACUCUGGACCUGGAUUCAGAGUACCCGGCAUCUCCUCCCUGCAUCGCCAUCCACCAUCCCAGAGGACUUUCAGACGACAAGCUGCUCAGUUUACAGCGCAGUCUACAGUUGGAGGCUGAGGAGUGUGUAGGAACACCUGUGCUUUAUCAGCUCAUCCAGAAAGCCAAAGAGAUCCUGACUGAGAGCAACAUUCCUCAUGGCAACUGUGUAAUCUGCCUAUACAGCUUUAAGGAGGGUGAGGUGUUCACGAAGACGAGCUGUUAUCAUUAUUUCCACUCCCACUGUCUGGGCCGCUACAUCACACACUCAGAGGAGGAGCUGCAGGAGCGAGUGAGGGAGCUGGAGGAGGAUAAGACCAGGGACAGAGAAGAUGAUGAGGAGCUGUGUGUGGUGUGUCCUGUGUGCAGAGAGACGCUGAGAUACGACCUGGACACCCUGCUCUCAUCUCCAUUACCCAGCUUCCCUGAGAAGGAGGAUCAAUCAUUGACUGCAGAGUUUAAAACAAAGUGGGCGGAGCUACAGAAGAUUCUGGAACGUCAGAGAGAGAAAGGAGGAGUCAUCGACCCCGAGGCAGAGUCUAAUCGCUUCCUCGUUCACAUCAACCAUGCUCCUGCUGAUUCUUCAGACCCCUCCUGUGCUGAUACUGCAGAUCCUGACUUCGCCCAACCGCUGCCUCCUCCUUCUCUCCCACCUGAGUGCUCCAAUCAGAACCCACAUCCUCCUCGGUUAGAGAACAUCCCAUGCACUUCUCAUCGCCGAGCUCCUCGCGCUCCUUAUGUCUGGAGACAGCAGGUGGAGUUUAGAGGAUUCAGAAAAGGUAGAGGAAAAGGAGGAGGUGCACGAGGAGGACACGCAGCUCAUUUGGUUCCUUCGCCUGUUCUGGAGAACUUUGCCAAACUCAGUGUGUCUGCUAAAGAAAGUAACAGAAACAAUGGAGUACCGCAGGACACCAGCGAACACCAGGACAGACGUUUAGCUGAAGUACUAGAGCAGCCGACACAGGCUUUAGGAGACGAGGGCGUCGAAACGAGCCAUCAGGAGUCGAAGCAGGAACAGUACGUCGUGUCAGACGGCUCUCAGACCGAAGUGAAGGAACCAGGAAUGAGGCAGGAUCCACACAGGGGAUGGAGGCACGGCCCACGUGGGGCUUCCCAUGGCCACUGGCGUGAAAGGAACGCUCAGACGGAUAGCGGCGGGAACGUCCACCAUCACCACCACAGAGGAGCGCGAGGACAGCGAAGGGGUCACCACAGAGGACACGUGAAGAACUAUCAGAGACCUGAGAGCGAGUUCAGGAAGGAAGGAGUCCUCUGACAGCAGGAGGAGGGAGGAGCACACAUGCAGCAGCUUCCCUCCCGCCUCUCGCACCUGUACCUGCACCUGCACCAUCAGCACUGCUGUAAUAAACAUCUACAUCUGCCCUGAA